GGCUAAAUUUUCGCAGUUUUUCUUAGGAAUAUAGCCAGUCAACUACCAACUGUGCUUCCUACAGCUAGCUAACCUACACUGUCAGCCGACAGAAGUUUAUAGUUUUUUUUUCGGCCACAACCGUAAGUUUCUCUUGGUUAUACAAUCCUUGUUCUCGAAUGGCUGACCCUGCCUCCAGGAAAUCAGCAACGCUCAACCGGUUGCGAUCGCAACUGCGACGAAAACGGGAAUCUUUGGCCGAGCAAUUUGACUUCAAAAUGUACUUUGCAGUGGUUUUUAAAGAUAAGAAGAAGAAGUCUGCAUUGUUUGAAGUGGCAGAGGUGAUCCCAGUGAUGACAAAUAACUAUGAAGACAGCAUCUUAAAAGGUGUCAAGGAAGAGGUGUAUUCCCUUGAGAGCUCACAACAGCUGUUGGAGAAAGACAUUGUUCAACUUCAUGCUCCAAGAUAUCAGUGUUUAAGAAAAGAUGUCAUUGGAUGUGUGCAGGAAAUUGAUUUCUUUUUGUGGCCUCGCAAUGACAUUGACAAGAUAGUAUGUCUGCUGUUUUCACGAUGGAAAGGGGAGGAAAAUUCUGAAUAUAGACUCAUUCAGGGCAAGUUUGAAUUUGAAAACCACGACUACGAGAAACAGUUGCUACGACUUUUGACCAGAAAGGAGCACACUGGUUUGAUCCUUAGCAAUCCAUCGCAAUCAUUGUUUCUUUUUGUUGACAAACAUCAUUGGCAGACUGAAAAGAGUAAAGUUGGAGUAUUCAAGAUGUCAAGUUUUUGUCUUCAUAUUCCACAAGAUCAAUUGACCCACUGGGGAAGUGAACUCAGAGAUGAUGUCUUGGCACCUUUUAAGCCUGAUUAAGAUUUUUCGUUAUAGCUUUUUUUUCUCAAUACUGUGAUGCAAAAUUUGAACUGACCUUGUGAAGACACAACUAUAAGUAAACUUCAGCCCCGUAACUUUUUGUUUCAUGUCUAGCUGUAUCUGCAGUAUCUUCUAUUCUGCUUUCCUGUGCUAACCAAGCUGACAUGGUUUUGUUUUUUUAAAGCGUUCUUGCCAAUGUAUUUUGUAUUUGCUUUCGGAGUGAUGCAGUUUAUGUUGAAGUGGGAAAUAAAGUCUCCCUCAUGAACAAG